AUGCCUUCCCUUCAUGAUGAAACAAAGAGUGAAUCACAAGUCAUCAUUACCGAAGAUCAAAUUCACAAGUGGACAUUUUCCAAACUGUGCACUAAGUUCUCCCAAUCAACACUCCCAUGGAAUCCUUUCAAUAAUCUACUACAAGAGAAAGUUCCCUUCUCAAAUUCCUUCAAAUCAUCCAAGACAAUCUAUGGCUCUGGUAAUUGUUCAUCGAGACCAACUGAUUUUUAUCUUCCAUUCGAUGUAAAAAUUUCACUGAUUAGUAAUUUGAUGAUUGUUGCAGAUAGGGAAAAUUUUGCAAUCAAGUUUUUUGAUUUGAACACAAAGGAAUCGAAGGCUGUUUACAAGCUUGUUGAUCAAAAAGAGAAUAUGAAUGCAUUGUGUUUGGAAUAUUGUCGGUUUACCAACAAGGAAUUUCUAUACGUUAGUUUUGAAUCAAAAAUUGAAAAGUAUAACCUCAAAGAGUUAGUGGAAUAUUCUAUUGUAAACUUUCCAAUAAUUAGUUUUGGAAGAAAGAAGCAGAAACCAAAUGUUACAACUAUACCACCAUCAAUUAAGGAAAUAUCACCACUAUGGACCCUUACAACUCCUCAAUUUCCACUUUGUAUGGUCGUUAGGUAUGGAAAAUAUGAGAAUUUAUUGUAUGUUGCUUCUGCUGGUAUACCAAUCAUUAGUUGUACAACUGGGAAGGUGGUCCAGUAUUGUUUAGAGCGCCAUGGUGAUGAUAGAAAAGAAAAUGUUAUUGAUUUACCAUAUGGGAUUGAUUUGAUUGAAGAGGAGGGAAAAGCUUGUAGAUUAGCCAUUUCAGAUAACUCAAAGAAAAGAGUAGCAAUUUUGGAGGAAGAUUCAAAUUCCAAAGUGUGGAAAUUCAUCAAAUAUAUUAAGGAUGAACAAAAUGAGGAUGAUGGAUUCCUAGGAGCUGUUGGGUUGAUACACGACAAGCUUAAUGGGCAAAUUAUAUGCUUGGAUCAAGAAAGUUGCCGAAUCAAAGUUUACAAUAAGGACGGAAACAAAUUAAUCAAGGUUGUAUUCCCACAACAAAUUCAAGGACUCAAUUUUUCCUUUCAGCCCAGAUCAUUGGAUUUGGAUUAUCGUACUGGAAUUUUAUAUGUGGCAGAUACGUUUAAUCAUAUCGUGCGAUUAUUCAAAUAA